AUGUUGAGUUUACAGGUUGCUAUGGGGACUCACAGCUGUGCUGGCUGGGGGAUUCNUCCAAACCUUCCCGAUAGUACAGCCAAAGAGAUCUACCACUUCACCUUAGAAAAGAUCCAACCUCGUGUAAUUUCAUUUGAGGAACAGGUUGCUUCUAUAAGACAACAUCUCGCAUCCAUUUAUGAGAAAGAAGAAGAUUGGCGGAAUGCAGCACAAGUGCUGGUGGGGAUUCCUCUCGAAACAGGACAAAAGCAGUACAAUGUGGAUUACAAACUGGAAACUUAUCUGAAAAUUGCGCGACUUUAUCUGGAGGAUGAUGAUCCCGUUCAAGCUGAGGCUUAUAUAAAUAGAGCAUCCCUUCUUCAAAAUGAAUCGACCAAUGAGCAGUUACAAAUUCAUUAUAAGGUAUGCUACGCUCGUGUUCUUGACUACAGAAGGAAAUUUAUUGAAGCUGCCCAAAGAUAUAACGAGCUUUCUUAUAAAAGCAUAGUCCACGAAAGUGAGCGGCUCGAAGCCCUGAAGCACGCCUUGCAUUGUACGAUCUUAGCCUCAGCAGGACAGCAGCGCUCCCGAAUGUUAGCCACCCUCUUCAAGGAUGAAAGAUGCCAGCAGCUUGCAGCCUAUGGCAUACUGGAGAAAAUGUACCUUGACAGAAUUAUAAGGGGAAACCAGCUGCAAGAGUUCGCUGCCAUGCUCAUGCCCCAUCAGAAAGCAACAACGGCUGAUGGUACUUUGCCUAGUAUGGUCUAUGAAGCUGAUGUGCUACUUGGUUUUGUUUUUCAGGCAGAAAAGAUAGCCUCCCAGAUGAUAACCGAGGGACGCAUGAAUGGCUUCAUUGAUCAAAUAGAUGGAAUAGUCCACUUUGAAACACGGGAAGCCUUACCGACGUGGGACAAACAGAUCCAGUCUCUUUGCUUCCAAGUUAACAAUCUUUUGGAGAAGAUAAGCCAGACCGCCCCGGAAUGGACAGCACAAGCUAUGGAAGCUCAAAUGACUCAAUAGACUUUCAACUUCUCCCCCACACCCCUUCUUUGGAUGUUUUUUUUUUCUAAAAAAAAAUGUGAAAUAAACCUAGGAAAUUGAA